ACAGGGAGCCCAGCCGCCAGCUCGACCUGCAGCAGAUGUGAUGAUCCAGGCGCCGCUGCCCGGCCCCGCAAGCUGAGCGAGCCGUCGGGGCUGUGCUCCGGGUCCUGCAGGGAUCCCUCUGCCAGCUCCUCUGCAGCGCUGAGCCGGACUUGCUGCUGCUGGCCAAGGAAACCACAGCAAGACGCUCGUCUGCCUUCUCCCAGCUUUUCGAGGGAUUUUAUUGGGAAGAGGAACGAUGGCAGAAGACCAGCCACACCUAUGCAUUCAGAUGUCAGAAUCUGGUACAAAUGGCAUUCCCAGUAGAAGGCAGUCCUUGCCAGAUUUGACUGGCAGGUCAGGAAGUGUGCUCACCUUCCACAACAUCUGCUACUAUGUGAAGACAAAGACUGGGUUCCUCUGUUUCCAAAAAACCACCAAAAAACAAGUUUUGAGAGAUGUCAAUGGCAUCAUGAGACCAGGACUGAAUGCAAUUUUGGGACCCACUGGUAGUGGUAAAUCUUCGCUACUGGACAUUUUGGCUGCAAGGAAGGAUCCCCAUGGACUCUCUGGUGACAUUUUGAUCAAUGGAGCUCCUCAGCCUGCCAACUUUAAAUGUACCUCUGGGUACGUAGUACAGGAUGAUGUGGUGAUGGGAACCCUGACUGUAAGAGAGAAUCUGAAGUUCUCAGCAGCACUUCGCUUGCCAAAGUCAGUGAAGGAAGAGGAAAAAAAUGAGCGAGUCAAUCAGAUCAUCAAGGAACUGGGUUUGAGCAAAGUGGCAGAUUCCAAGGUUGGUACCCAGUUCUCUCGUGGGGUGUCUGGAGGAGAGCGGAAAAGGACCAAUAUUGGGAUGGAGCUCAUCACGGAUCCUGCCAUCUUGUUUUUGGAUGAGCCAACCACAGGACUUGAUGCCAGCACUGCUAAUGCUGUCCUACUACUAUUGAAAAGGAUGUCAAAACAAGGAAAGACAAUCAUCUUCUCCAUCCACCAGCCUCGGUACUCCAUAUUCCGACUGUUUGACAACCUGACACUUCUGGCUGCGGGGAGAGUGCUGUACCAUGGGCCAGCCCAGCAUGCCAUCGAGUACUUUCAGUCCAUUGGCUACCAGUGCGAGCCCUACAACAACCCUGCCGACUUUUUCCUGGACAUCAUCAAUGGAGACUGCACCGCCGUAGCAAUGAACAAGGCUGAUGAAAGCAACACAGCAGAGAGCACUGAAGAACCCUCUGAAUAUGAUAAAAACUUGGCUGAGCAAUUAGCAGAAAAAUACUCCAACUCUACCUACUACCUAGAAACAAAAGCACAUUUAGAGAGCAUUUCUUCAGGAAGUAAAAAGAAAGCCAAAGGAGUUUUCCGGCAAAUCACAUAUGCCAAUUCCUUCCUCCACCAGCUGAAAUGGGUGUCAAGGCGCACAUUUAAAAACCUGAUAGGAAACCCUCAGGCUUCCAUAGCUCAGCUUUUUAUUACAGCAUUCCUGGGGCUGAUUGUAGGUGCCAUUUUCUUUGGACUUGAGGAGAACUCUGCUGGACUACAGAACAGAGUGGGUGCAAUGUUCUUUCUGACCACCAACCAGUGUUUCAGCAGCGUCUCAGCUGUUGAACUCUUUGUUGUGGAAAAGAAGAUAUUUAUACAUGAAUAUAUCAGUGGGUACUACAGAACAUCUGCGUACUUCAUAGCAAAGCUGAUGGCUGAUUUAAUACCCAUAAGGACUAUGCCCAGCAUCAUCUUCACCUGCAUAGUUUACUUCAUGCUAGGUUUGAAACCAACAGUAGAAGCCUUCUUCACAAUGAUGUUCACCCUCAUGAUGGUGUCCUACACAGCCACUUCCAUGGCACUUGCCAUUGCAGCAGGACAGAGCGUGGUCGCUAUAGCAAACCUACUCAUGACUGUUGCAUUUGUUUUUAUGAUUAUUUUCUCUGGGUUGCUGGUCAAUCUCACAAGCAUCAUGUCCUGGCUCUCCUGGCUCAAAUACUUUAGCAUCCCUCGCUAUGGAAUGACAGCUUUACAGAUCAAUGAGUUGACUGGUCUGAACUUUUGUGGCAGCGGUAACAGCACAGUUUCAAGCAGUGACAGUAGAUAUCAAAAGACAGGCCCGAUGGAAUGCACUGGAGAGGAGUAUCUGAAGAGUCAAGGUAUCGAUGCGAGCCCCUGGGGCCUGUGGCAGAACCACCUGGCUCUGGCCUGCAUGACACUAAUCUUCCUUACCAUUGCCUACCUCAAACUGUGCUUCAUGAAGAAGUUCUCUUAAAACCAGAGGGAAAGAUGCAAUUCCCACUGUUCAGUAGUUUGCAACUGUAGUAGUUGUGCAACUGACUUGAUUACUUUUAAAGAGACCUUUUUUUUUUACUUUUAUUAUUAUCCAAGCCAACGACAUGAAUGGCAUCCUUGUAUAUUAAAUAUGUUAUAAAUACAUAUUAUAAUAUUGGCUUUUCACAACUAUUGAGAUUAAUGUUAUAUGUAUAAUGUUAAAAUGGCUUUGCUGUGUGAAUGUAUUUUUUUCUUCUCCUGCUAUUAGCAAAAAAAUUAGGCAUAAGUGGAAAUAGUUGAUACAGCAUGCUUGAACCGCCUGCCAGUUAGGAUGAACUCCAGUGAACAGAUGAUGGGGACCUGGCUACUAUCAACACUCACCUCCUGUGGAAAGAAGGAGCCAAAGCCCAAAUUAAAAGAUACCAAGAAGAGGAUUAAAACUGCAAGCCAAGAAAUGCACAUGCUCUAAAAAGGCAGAUCCAAGGAGUGACCAUGCUAAAUAGUUCCUGGAAGGUGUAAACUAGUUAAUGGAAAAGUUUGAAUAUGCAUAAAGUCUAUGAAUAUGUGUUGUAGUUUAUUUUUGUUUAAGGUUCGUUAAAGCUUGUUGGUAUGUUCUUGUUUCCCCCUAUUGAUUGUAUUGGUUUGGCCCCACUUGUCAGUUAUGUAAACCCCUCCUAUUUUUCCUGAAUGUUCCCUGCCAGUCACCUUAUCCCUGCCCCUAUUCCCUAUCCAUCAUUGUAAACCCCACCCCUUCUUUCAGACUCUUCUGUGUCAAUCAUUUUUCCCUCAAGGCUCCACUGGUUAAUGUAUCUUGUUCCCUCCCUCUGUAUAUCCCUAUUGGCCCUGAAUUUGAGAUCCCCUCCCCUUACUCCUCCCCUCAAGAUUGGUGCAUGGUUUGUACCCUCCCUUGGAGCUUGGGCAGUACUUAACUUCUUGCACAGCAGUGCGGGAGGCUUUCUCAGACCUGACUCCUUCAGGUAUGGAUCCCUUGUUUUACCUGACCUAAUAAAACCAUUGCUGGGAACUUCAA